CUCCAUUGCUCCGUCCACCUUGAAGGUGAAGUUCCCCUCUGUCGGCUCUGCUGCCAGUCACGCAGCGCUCUCCCACCCGGCUCUCUCUUUUACCCUCUAUAGUUCAGAGAACUCGUUAGCCAGCGACCAUGUCGUUAUUCCGCGAGGUCCCGCUAGCCGCCCCGGUGGCCGUUUUCAAACUGACAGCGGAUUUCCGCGAAGACCCGGCUCCCAACAAGGUGAACCUCGGAGUAGGAGCUUACAGAACAGAUGAGGGAAAGCCAUGGGUGCUCCCUGUGGUGAAGAAAGUGGAGAAGAUGAUAGCUGAAGACAACAGUCUAAACCACGAAUACUUACCCAUCCUGGGCCUGCCAGAGUUUCGCUCCAGUGCCUCUAAAAUUGCUCUGGGGGAGGACAGCCCUGCCAUUCUGGAGAAGAGGGUAGGAGCUGUGCAGUGUCUUGGGGGAACUGGAGCCCUGAAGAUUGGGGCUGAGUUCCUCCGCAGAUGGUACAAUGGGAAUGACAACACAAAAACACCAAUCUAUGUCUCUGCGCCUACAUGGGAAAACCACAAUGCAGUUUUUGCCAAUGCUGGGUUUGAGGAUAUCCGUCCAUACAAAUAUUGGGAUGCGCAGAAGCGUGGGUUGGAUCUGUCUGGUUUCCUGGGUGACCUAGAGAGUGCACCUGAGUACUCUAUCUUUGUGUUGCACGCCUGCGCACACAACCCCACAGGCACAGAUCCCAGCCAUGAUGAGUGGAAACAGAUUGCUGAAGUCAUGAAGAGAAGAAGCCUCUUUGCCUUCUUUGACUCAGCAUAUCAAGGCUUUGCCUCUGGAAAUUUAGAGAAAGAUGCCUGGGCAGUUCGUUUCUUCGUAUCUCAGGGUUUUGAAAUUUUAUGUGCUCAGUCUUUCUCUAAGAACUUCGGCCUGUACAAUGAGAGAGUGGGAAACCUGACAGUUGUUGCUAAAGAUGAGGAUAAUGUGAACCGUGUUCUCUCUCAGAUGGAGAAAAUCGUUCGAAUCACCUGGUCCAAUCCUCCAUCACAGGGAGCUCGUCUGGUUGCCAUAACACUCACUACCCCAGAGCUCUUUAAUGAAUGGAAGGACAAUGUUAAGACGAUGGCUGACAGGGUGCUGCUGAUGCGAGCUGAGUUGAAGGCAAGGCUGCUGUCCCUCGGCACCCCAGGCACUUGGGAGCACAUCACCCAGCAGAUUGGCAUGUUCAGCUUUACAGGCCUCAACCCCAAACAAGUGGAGUACCUGGUGAAAGAGAAGCACAUCUACUUGAUGGCCAGUGGCCGCAUCAACAUGUGCGGUCUGACCACCAAGAAUAUUGACUACGUUGCUGAGUCCAUUCAUGAAGCGGUCACCAGGGUCCAAUAAUAACUACAUUUCUCACACUGCUUGCCCAUUUGUGCGUGAUUAAGGGGCAUUAUCAGUGUUGGUCCUGAAAUGUCUGCUCACUCUCACUCUCUCUCAAACACACAUGCACACAUGCACACACACACACACACUUACUGUAUCUUCUGUACUCAGCACAAAAGCAGCAUAUUCUGGACUUAUGCUCAGUCUCUAACGUAUACUGUACGCUUAAUGAAUACUCAAGGUGAAGUAGUUGUUCCAAAAGGAAUAGAAAUUUUGUCUGGUCUUCCUCCUAGUUAGUCAUCUUGCACUAGAGAAUGCACUUCAGUUUUUCUUGUAGUGGUCCAUCGAACGUUUUCGGUUUUAUGAUUACCUAAAAAAAAAAAAACCUAAAAUUGCAGGUAAUGAGUGACUACUGUCUCACAUGAACAUUAUAUCUAAAUUUAUGAUGGUAGUUCCAGAUUUACUGGUUUGCAACAUCUUUCGCUGUUUAUAUGAAAGACUGAUUUCAUGCACAUUUACUUAUGUACCUUUGGUAGCCUGGACUGAAGAGGUGAUUCUGUAGAGCCGAAGAGAGAGGUCAAAUAUAGAGCAGCUCAAAAAGACCCGUCUUUAACUGAAGCUCCACUGCAUUGAGUGAUUAUCAGUUUUUGAAUGGUGUCAUAAGUCAUACUGGUGUUUGUAUUCUGUUUACCAUUGCUCUGUUUUUAUUUGGGAAAAAUACAUGAAAUAUAUGUACUUAAUGAAGGAAUUGGCACAUAAAUGGAGGCAUUUUUAAUAAUGUGCUGUCCAGACCAGUGUUUCCCAACCUAGUCCUUGGGGCCAACUAGACAGUCUGCAUUUUUCCUUUAUCCCCGUGCUGAGUUGGAGCAAAAUGUGAACCCUCUGGGAGCACCGAGGACAGAAUUGGGAACCACUGGUCUAGACUAUAGUUGACAAUGGUAAAGCUUAAGUGUGUUAUGCAUAACUUGCCCAAAAAGGCAUCCUAAGUUUAACCUACAUUACUUAUAACCACACAAUUUAGUCAAACAGAGAGUAGUACAAAAUCCUUACCAUCUUUUAUGGCUGUCUCAACUAGGUUUUACCAAUUCAAUAUUGAAGGCCAGUGUGAACCAGAUGGCAUUUUCACCAUAAAAAAAUAAAAAAGAAUCGUGUAGUAUGUGUGCGAUUCCAAGUUCAGGGCUUGGCAGUUAUUUGCACUUUUAAGUGUCUACUUUCAAAGCGUCAUUGGUGUUUGCUACUUUUUUCUCCCUCUCAGUGCUGUGCAUGUCUGUUUAGGAACUGACUGAAUUUGGACAAAUAUGAAAACUCAUUAAGACUUAAGAAUUACGGUUCACUCUUUGACCAUGUGUUCUCUCAGUAUGUAAAAUAUAUGUAUACAAAAAUGAUAUAAGUAAAUAAAAAUAUGAUCAAAGGUCCUUGAAAUAAAUCUAGCGUGAAUAUAUGGAA